AUGGAGUUAUAUUUUAGUAUUAAAUCAGAGAACUUUCUCGUUGACUUUGGUCUUGCCAAGAAAUUCUACGAUCAUCGAUUACAAAAGCAUAUUCUCUACCGCGAAGGAAAGAGUCUAACUGGUACACCUCGUUACACAUCUGUAUGUAUUGCAUUUGAGAUUUGUGAGGAAAACGUUUGUGUUUAUGAGAUUUCAACGCAUCUCGGAAUUGAACAAUCACGUCGAGAUGACAUGGAAGCACUUGCCUAUAUUCUCAUCUAUUUCAAUCGGUUGGAAUUCGUUUGUUCUGAUAGUGUUCGACAAUCUGUUUUUUCCUAG